AGGCGGCGCCCAGGGGCGGGGCGGCGACGGCGGCGGGCGGCGGUUGGCGCAGGCGGGCGGGCGCGGCCCCCGCCGCUGCUCGAAGCGGUCCGCGACGGGGCGGGCGGCAGCGCAGCGCCUGCUGAGAGCGGCCCUUCCGGACCUGCGCGGGCGCUGCCGGCUGCCGCUUCCCCCCGCCGCCCUGCGCUCCGCUGGCAGCGGCGUCCCGGUGCUGCUGCCGCGUCCUUCCCGCGCUGCCAUGGGGAGCCCACGGAGCGGCUCCCGCUGCCUCGGCCUGCUCGCCCUGCUGCUGCUGCUGUGGCCCGGGCGGGUAUUUCCACAAUUGUGUGUCUGGUAUGGGGAAUGUGGAAUUGCUUCUGGAGACAAGAGAUACAACUGUGCUUAUAAUGGAGCACCAAUACCACUACCAAAGGAUGGCUAUGACUUAGUGCAGGAACUCUGUCCAGGCUUAUUCUAUGGCAAUGUUAGCACGUGCUGUGAUGUUCCUCAACUUCAGACUUUGAAAAAUAAUUUGCAGCUGCCUCUGCAAUUUCUCUCCAGAUGUCCAUCAUGUUUUUAUAACUUAAUUAAUCUCUUCUGUGAACUGACUUGCAGUCCAAAUCAAUCUGACUUUUUGAAUGUUACAAACACCAUACCUUACUAUGAUCCAAUUACAAAAGAGAACAAAACAAGUAUCACAGAGCUGCAGUACUUCAUUGGAGAACACUUUGCAAAUGCAAUGUAUAAUGCCUGCAAAGAUGUGGAAGCUCCAUCAAGUAAUGAUAAAGCACUGGGGCUGUUGUGUGGAAAGGAUGUCAAGGACUGCAAUGCUACCAACUGGAUUGAAUACAUGUUUAGUAAGGACAAUGGACAGACUCCUUUCAGCAUUAUUCCUAUCUUCUCAGAUGUUCCUGUCCAUGGAAUGAAUCCUAUGAACAAUGCUACCAAAGGGUGUAAUGAAUCUAUGGAUGAUUCAACAGGACCAUGUAGCUGUCAGGACUGUUCAAUUGUUUGUGGUCCAAAACCUGAACCACCACCACCAGCUGCUCCAUGGCUUUUGUUUGGUUUGGAUGCUGUGUAUGUCAUCAUGUGGAUCUCCUACAUGGGAUUUCUACUCAUAUUUUUUGCACUUGUCUUUGGAGUCUGGUGUUACAGGAGGCGGCAUUUUGUCUCAGAAUAUACACCAAUUGACAGUAAUAUAGCCUUUUCUGUGAAUUCUCGUAAUGAUAAUGGUAUGUCUGGGAUCAAAGUAACAGGAAAAAUUACCUGUGGUGAAAGGCUUGGUGAAAGAUUUGAGAAUGGCUUAAGGACAACAUUUACAUCUUGGGGGGCUUUCUGUGUCAGGAAUCCACGCCCUGUUAUUCUCUUCUCUGUGAUCUUCAUUGUCAUGUGCUCUUCAGGCCUCCUGUAUGUUAAAGUAACUACAAACCCUGUAGACCUCUGGUCAGCCUCAAGCAGCCAAGCACGCAAGGAGAAGGAGUAUUUUGACACACAUUUUGGGCCUUUCUUUCGUACUGAACAACUUAUUAUUCAAGCCCCCAAAAGCCAUCCAGACACUUACUCACCAUACCCAUCAGGAGCAGAUGUGCCUUUUGGGCCUCCACUUACCAAAGAGAUUCUCCAUCAGGUGCUGGAUUUGCAGGAUGCUAUUGUGAACAUAACUGCUUCUUUUGACAAUGAGACUGUAAUGCUGAAAGACAUUUGCCUGUCUCCUCUUGCUCCCUACAACAACAACUGCACUAUACUGAGUGUACUCAACUACUUUCAGAACAGUCACUCUGUUCUAGAUCACACUGUUGGUGAUGAGUUCUAUGUCUAUGCUGACUACCACACUCACUUCUUAUACUGUGUUCGGGCUCCAGCAUCACUGAAUGACACAAGUUUGCUUCAUGAUCCCUGCUUAGGAACAUUUGGUGGGCCUGUCUUUCCAUGGCUGGUGAUGGGAGGAUAUGAUGAUGAAAACUAUAACAACGCUACAGCUCUUGUUAUUACUUUUCCUGUCAACAACUACUACAGUGACUCAAGAAAGCUAAUGAAAGCCUUGGCGUGGGAAAAAGAGUUUAUUAACUUUGUGAAGAACUAUGAUAAUCCAAACUUAAGUAUUGCGUUUUCUUCUGAACGGAGUAUUGAAGAUGAGAUCAACCGUGAAAGCAACAGUGAUAUUGGCACUGUUAUGAUAAGCUAUAUUGUAAUGUUUGUGUACAUCUCCAUAGCUUUGGGACACAUCCAGAGCUGUAGAAGACUUCUGGUGGACUCAAAGAUCUCCCUGGGCAUUGCAGGCAUCCUGAUCGUACUGAGCUCGGUGGCAUGUUCUUUGGGUAUUUUCAGCUACUUUGGAAUCCCACUAACAUUGAUUGUGAUAGAAGUCAUUCCCUUCUUGGUGCUGGCUGUUGGGGUGGACAACAUUUUCAUUAUAGUCCAGACACUUCAGAGAGAUGAGCGCCUUCAGGGUGAGACUCUGGAUAAACAGAUUGGCAGAAUCUUGGGAGAUGUGGCACCCAGUAUGUUUCUCUCAUCUUUUUCUGAGACUGUGGCAUUCUUCCUAGGGACACUGUCUACCAUGCCAGCGGUCCGCACAUUCUCUCUUUUUGCUGGAAUGGCUGUGUUCAUAGACUUUAUUCUUCAAGUUACGUGUUUUGUAAGCCUCCUGGGCUUGGAUAUUAAGCGUCAAGAGAGGAAUAGACUAGAUAUUCUGUGUUGCAUCAAAGGUGAAGAAGAAAUGACUCAAGUUGAGCGUUCUGAGACCAUCUUAUUUUUGUUCUUCAAAAACUUGUAUUCUCCAUAUCUGCUUAAGGAUUGGAUGAGACCAAUAGUAGUAGCCUUGUUUGUGGGUGUUUUGUCAUUCAGUACAGCAGUUAUGCACAAUGUAGAGAUUGGACUGGAUCAGUCUCUUUCAAUGCCAGAUGACUCCUAUGUAAUGGAUUACUUCAGCCAGCUCAGCAAGUACUUGCAUGCAGGUCCUCCUGUGUACUUUGUUCUAGAAGAAGGGCACAACUAUACCUCUUUGGAAGGGCAGAACAUGGUGUGUGGUGGAAUGGGCUGUAAUAAUGAUUCACUUGUCCAGCAGGUCUUCAGUGCUGCAGAAAUUGGCAGCUACACAAGGAUAGGCUAUGCUCCAUCCUCCUGGAUUGAUGAUUACUUUGACUGGGUGAAGCCACAGUCAUCCUGUUGCAGAGUCUACAAUACCACUGGACAGUUUUGCAAUGCUUCAGUCACUGAUCCAUCCUGCACUCGUUGCCGACCACUGACUCAAGAAGGCAAGCAGAGACCACAGGGGGAAGACUUCAUGAAAUUUUUGCCUAUGUUCCUAUCUGACAACCCUAAUCCUAAAUGUGGCAAAGGAGGACAUGCUGCAUAUUACUCUGCUGUCAACUUCAUAAACAAUGAAUCUGAUGUUGGAGCUACUUAUUUUAUGACUUACCAUACUGUACUAAAAAAAUCCUCUGACUACAUUGAUGCUAUGAAGAAAGCUCGGGCUAUAGCAGAUAAUAUUACUGAAACCAUGGGCAUCAAAGAGAAGAACUAUCGGGUGUUCCCUUACAGUGUGUUUUAUGUUUUUUAUGAACAGUAUUUGACAAUUGUGGAUGACACUAUAUUUAACCUCUGCAUCUCCUUGGGAUCAAUAUUUUUGGUGACAGCUGUGCUGCUUGGCUUUGAAGUAUGGGCUGCUUUUGUAGUUACAAUAACUAUUGCGAUGAUAAUCAUCAACAUGUUUGGGGUGAUGUGGCUGUGGGGCAUCAGCUUGAAUGCAGUUUCAUUAGUAAAUCUUGUCAUGAGUUGUGGUAUUGCUGUGGAAUUCUGUAGUCAUGUGACAAGAGCAUUCACUGUUAGUACUAAGGGCAGUAGAGUAGAGCGUGCAGAAGAAGCUCUAUCUCACAUGGGCAGUUCUGUUUUUAGUGGUAUCACACUGACUAAAUUUGGAGGAAUUGUAGUACUGGCUUUUUCCAAGUCUCAAAUCUUCAAGAUAUUCUACUUCAGGAUGUAUCUAGCUAUGGUUCUGCUGGGAGCAACGCAUGGACUAAUAUUCCUUCCAGUUCUGUUAAGUUACAUAGGCCCAUCAGUCAAUAAAGCUAAAACUCACGCUGCGCAAGAGAGGAGCAGAGGUACAGAACGAGAGAGACUCCUUUACUUCUAGUCCUUUUAACAAAGUGUUCAGUGGACUCUAUGAACUGUGACUGCAACACAGCUCAGCCUAAGAACUGAAGUGUGGCAAUGUUCUAUGACUAUCACACUGUAACCACCACUGCACCGAUUUCUGCACAGAUCCAACUAGAAGAUAUCAGCUGCAGCUUUGGACUUGGCUUUAAACUCAGGAAAUGCUACAUGUGGCUCACAUAACAGUAUUACUAAAACUAGAUGCAUUAAGAAGACUACUAAAACACUUCUGUUUUCAAGAGGUUGCAUCUUUCUUCUAGAAACCUAAAGCAGCUGCACUGCAAGUUGAGUAGCUUUUUUGUCAAUGAAACUGAAGUGACAUGUAUGAGAAUGGACUGCUGUACCACUGACACUAAUUUUAAAUGCAGGUCAAUGCAAUUUUUGUCUCUUUUUAGGGGGAAGCCAUCACAAGUUGUAAUAUUUUUAGUACUAUUUGCCAAAAUGUCUUGUACAUACUUUAUUAUAAAAUAGCAAUUUUGUAGUUCAAAAUCUACUUAAAUGCAAUAAAUUAAGUUUAUACAUUUCA